GCGACGUACUUCACCGACGAAGUGCGCGCCCACCUGAAGGAGCACGGCUGGGCACGGCUGAAGGGCGUCGUGCCCAAGGAGGCCACCGCCGCGUUCAAGGAGGGCGUCGAGACCUACUUCCGCCUGUGGGACGAGGAGCUCACCUUCGACAACCCCAAGGCCUGGGCCGCGUCCAAGCUGCCGGCCGGCUCCAUCCACGGCAUCAACAAGAUCGGCGGCCACGCCUGGUUCAUGUGGCACCUGCGCCAGCGGCCCGAGGUGGUGCAGAUGUGGGCCGAGUACUUUCGGUGCGACCCCGCCAAGCUGCGCGUGUCGUUCGAUGGGUUCGGCCUCUACCUGGCCCAGACUGCGCGCCGUGCGCAGGGCAACUGGGCGCACUUCGACCACGGCACCACGCCCAAGCCCUUCAAGUGCCUCCAGUCCGCGGUGGUGAUGGAGGACUGCGACGGCGACGACGACGGCGGUCUGGUGGUGUGGGACAAGUCCCACCGCGCGCACGACGGCUACUUCCGCGUGAACGGCCUCGAGUGCAAGGACAACUGGCACCUCUUCCCCUUUGCCCAGCGCGACGGCGACGGCGCCAAGCUGCGCAACGAGCGCCAGCCCUUCAUCGCCGAGAUCGAGCGCGACGGCCGCCGGUACCUUGAUGACGACGACCCUGAGCGCCACGCCGACGCGCCGGUGCCAAUGCGCCGCACGCGCGUGCGGGCCAAGGAGGGCGACGUGCUGGUGUGGUACUCGGACACGGCCCAUCAGAACGACGCGCCGGGACCCGACGGGCGCGACCGCAUCGUGGCCUACGUGUCGAUGGCGCCCGUCCAGCACGUGCUCAAGCGCGAGUUCGUGUCGCGUCGUCGGGCGUUCAACGACCGGGCGACGUCGAGCCACUGGGCCGCGUGCGGCUUCAAGCGCAACGGCAUGCCGCGCACCUACACGACGGCGGCAGCCGUGGAGUUCAAGGCGCGGUACCAGGCGCACGUGGACCGGCUGCCGCCGAUGGAGCUGACCGAGGUGGGCAAGCGGCUGGCGGGCCUCUACGACGAGCCGCACGACAUGCCGCCCGUGUUGCCUAAGAAGAUGAAGAAGACGAAGAAUGAAGAAGAAGAUGAUGAAGAAGAUGAUGUCGAGAAAGAAGAAGAAGAAGAAGAAGAGGAAGGCGAGGAGGAAGAGGAGGAGGAGGAUGAAGAGGAGGUGAGGGAGAAGGAGAGGGAGAGGAAGAGGAAGAGGAAGAUGGUGGCGGCGAGGGGGUCGUCGGAGAAGACGGCGAAAGGGGCGGCUGCAGAAGAAGCUGAAGCUGAAGCGGACAUCGACACCCAGCAAGAAGAGGAAGUGAAGAUGAGGUGA